GCACUUUCAUCGCCUCUGUACCACCACUUCAUCGAUCCCUCGGUGCAAUUCACGCAUUUCAUGUUGUUUACCGGUGUGGCGUACUCUCCAUUACGGUCUUCCCUGUACUCUGUCGUAUCCUCACGGAGCUCAAAAUACUUGACACCACCGUUGAAAUUGUUAUGUUUGCCGGGGUCGGCAAUGACAUAGUUGGGUGGACGUUACUGACACUGAGUAUCGCCCUUGUCAACGCUGGCUCCGGACUUACAGCUAUGUUGACUUUACUGAUCUGUGUCGCCUUUGCGAUUUUCUUACCAUGACCGGUCAAAAGGGCAAUGCUCUGGCUAGCAAGAAAAACAGGGAGUGUCGAGAACGGUCCUACCAUGUUUUACGUGACGGUCGUGAUACUACUGCUGUGCGGAUUGGCCUUUUUCACUGAUAUUGCGGGCGUGAAUGCGAUUUUCGGGGCCUUUUUGGUUGGGAUUGUCGUUCCUAGAGAAGGUGGACUUGCAGUCACUCUAACAGAGAAACUGGAAGAUAUGGUAUCGAUCAUCUUUCUUCCUCUGGUUGCUCAACAAUGGUAUAACGUGGGCUUGCACGAUUGCGAUCACUCUAUUUUCUUUCACGGGUAAAUUUGGUGGAUGCACCUUAGCAACUAAACUUUCCGGUUUUGGAUGGCGAGAAGCGAGUACAGUUGGCUCGUUGAUGAGCUGCAGAGGUUGGUAGAGCCGAUUGUGCUGAAUGUGGGAUUGGAAGCAGGGAUUUUCUCCCAAACGGUCUUUUCGAUGUUCGUGCUUGAGGCUGUGACGCUCACCUUUCUGACAACACCACUUGUAUCUGCCCUUUACCCUCCCGAGCGACGAGCGUGGGUUUCUGGCCAGCCGGUGCAAAGUUACGAGGAUGGAACAGAGUCC